AUGUCCGCGCUGCGUCUCGCCUUGUGGCGCAAGCCCCUGCGCCCCGCGUCGUUGCCGCCCCACGACAAUGGCACGACGACGACCGCCGCGGCUACGACCGCCGUCGAGAUGCGCCGCACGCUCGGCCUCUUCGACCUCCUCAUGGUCGGCAUCGGCGGCACCGUCGGCUCGGGCGUCUUUGCCAUUGCCGGGCUCAUUGCCAGUCGCUACGCAGGGCCCGCCGCAACGCUGUCGUGGCUCCUCGCGGGCCUCGGCUGCCUCUUGAGCGGCCUGAGCUUCAUGGAGCUCGCGUGCCUCAUUCCGUCGUCCGGCAGCACGUACGCCUACGCCUACCACGCCCUGGGCGAGUUGCCGGCGCUCCUCGCCGGCUUUCUUUGA